UCCGCUUCGUUAGGCGCAAUCAGCGGGUGGCGGAGAGCGAAGUCCCUGCGAACUCCGUCACCCGCGUGUGGAGUGGAAACUGGCGCCGCGUUCCGUGUCCCGUGGGGGUCUGGGAGCAUGGCCAGAAGGGCUCUCAAGCUUGCUUCGUGGACCGGCGCGGCUCUGGCUGCCUCGGGCCUCUACCUCUACGGUAACAAGUACUUGGAUCCUAAUGACUUUGGUGCUGUGAGGGUGGGCCGCGCAGUUGCUACGACAGCUGUCAUCAGUUAUGACUAUCUCACCUCCCUGAGGAGUGUCCCCUAUGGUUCAGAGGAGUACUUGCAGCUUCGAUCCAAGGUGCACCUCCGUUCUGCCAGGCGUCUCUGUGAGCUCUGCUGUGCCAACCGGGGCACUUUCAUCAAGGUGGGUCAGCACCUGGGGGCCCUGGACUACCUGCUGCCAGAGGAAUACACCAGCACGCUGAAGGUGCUCCACAGCCAGGCCCCGCGGAGCAGCAUGCAAGAGGUCCAGCAGGUCAUCCGCGAGGACCUGGGCAAGGAGAUUCAUGAUUUGUUCAUGAGCUUUGAUGACACCCCUCUGGGGGCUGCCUCCCUGGCCCAGGUCCACAAGGCGGUGCUGCGUGAUGGGCGGACAGUGGCCGUGAAGGUCCAGCAUCCAAAGGUACAGGCUCAGAGCUCGAAGGACAUUCUCCUGAUGGAGGUACUUGUCCUGGCCGUGAAGCAGCUGUUUCCGGAGUUUGAGUUCAUGUGGCUGGUGGAUGAAGCCAAGAAGAACCUGCCUUUGGAGCUGGAUUUCCUCAACGAAGGGAGGAACGCUGAGAAAGUAGCCCAAAUGCUCAAGCACUUUGACUUCUUAAAGGUCCCCCGCAUCUACUGGGAGCUGUCCACCAAGCGGGUCCUUCUGAUGGAGUUUGUGGACGGCGGCCAGGUCAAUGACAGAGACUACAUGGAGAGGAACAAGAUUGACGUCAACGAGAUCUCACGCCAUCUGGGCAAGAUAUACAGCGAGAUGAUCUUUGUCAAUGGCUUCGUGCACUGUGACCCCCACCCUGGCAACGUGCUGGUACGGAAGCGUCCAGGCACAGGGAAGGCGGAGAUUGUCCUGCUAGACCACGGGCUCUACCAGGUGCUCACAGACGAGUUCCGCCUGGAUUACUGCCACCUCUGGCAGUCGCUGAUCUGGACUGACAUGGAGAAGGUGAAGACGUACAGCCAGCGCCUGGGGGCCGGGGACCUCUACCCCUUGUUUGCCUGCAUGCUCACCGCCCGGUCUUGGGACUCGGUCAGCAGGGGCAUUGGCCAAGCCCCGGUUACCGCCACAGAGGACGCAGAGAUCCGCAACAACGCAGCCAACUACCUCCCCCAGAUCAGCCAGCUCCUCAACCACGUGCCUCGCCAGAUGCUCCUCAUCUUCAAGACCAAUGACCUACUCCGUGGCAUUGAGGCUGCCCUGGGCACCCGUGCCAGCGCCAGCUCCUUCCUCAACAUGUCGCGUUGCUGCGUCAGAGCAUUGGCUGCGCACAAGAAGAAGAAUACCUGCUCGUUCUUCAGAAGGACCCAGAUCUCUUUCAGAGAGGCCUUCAACUUAUGGCAGAUCAACCUUCAUGAACUCAUUCUGCGUGUGAAGGGGUUGAGGUUGGCCAGCUGGGUCUUGGCCCUGCUUUGCCGGCUGUUGCCCACUUCAUAAUGAGCAGACUUGCUGUCCCCUUUCCCUUUCCAGGGUGACUCUGUGGUGGGCAAGUGGACAUUUCAGUCCUUGCUCUUUUGUCCUCUCUCCACCCAGGUGCCCUGUUUCUGUCACGUGGUAACCUGGAGCCCCACAGUCAUUGCCCAUGGCACCAUCAUACUCCACCUCUGGAGUUCCUCUCCUACACUGUAGCCCUUGUCUCAUAGGCUACACAAGCUGUCCUGUGCAAGAGGUUUCUCUCCUUAUCCAGGAAGACGGCAUAAACAGUCUGUUCCCCACUCCUGGUGAGCGCCGUUGGGCUGAAUGUCCCCCUACUUCCGGUAACCAUUCCUACUCUCAGGAUGGACCAUGAAUCCCACUGACUUCCCACGUGAAUUUCUACAUUUGACUUGUGGGAAGUUUGAUUUUGUUGGAAGAGAGCAUAGUUUCUGAGCUUGCUCGGAACGGCUUCCCUCUCCUUGCCCUGUCACUCCCAGAGGUGUCGCACCUGAGCAAGGAGACUUGGCAUCUAAGGCAUGAGUUCACUGCUGUCAUGGUGACCCCUUUGGUGUUUUAUGUACUGUGUUUCAAUAAAAACCCCUUCAGGGUUGCAGGGAAGGGCUUUGGUGGUGGGAUUUUUAUUCUAGAUUGGGAGUGAAUCCACAUUGGCCUUUAGGUAAGAGUGGACCUGGAUGCCCUGGGCCCCUGUGUUCUACUUGGCAUCUUGCCCCUGUCAUCCUUCCAGCCUUUCUCUGUGUGACCAUUUCCUGCCCCUUGUAGGUGUUUCUUCCCUUUCAAGACUCUGAGACUUUGGUUGGAGAAGUUAAGAAGCGCAAAGCCAGGAACUCAGAGGCUCGGCUGAAACCUCUGACUUGGGUUUCCCUGGGUUCUCACCACAUUCCCUGUGAGCUGGCACCUGCUUUGUUCUACUCAUUGCUUCCUGACUUAGUUCGUCAUUUGAUGCCACCUGUCCUGGAGACUGUAGUGUAGGCCUCAGCCACUGUGGCUAGGUUUCCACUCUGAAACCUCGCUGUCACGUGUUUGGACUCCAUGUUUCCACCUGCCAGAGCUGCCCUGCCCCCACUCAGUCAUCCGCUCCCAUUGCUGGGACUUCCCCAAACUCCUGCUGUAACUCCAGAUCCCCGAGAGACCCCACAUCUGGCAGGCCCUACGAUUACUGAGCACCUGUGCUCACAGACAGUCAUUGUAUUUGAGCCUCUCUGAUCUUACUUCACCCCAUUCACAAGGGCAGGAAACUGCUGAAUUUGAGUCUCCUCUUUGCUUUAUUCAUAAUACAACAAGCAGAUUUUCCACUGACCAGAGAUGAUUUGCAAUCCCUUUAUUUCCCGAAAGAGUUGAUUGUUCUUAGUGACCAGUUGGACGCACCCAGGGACCUGAGAGAAUAAUUUGCCAGAUCUGUUAUUAAUCAUGAGGAUGCAUGUUGCAUAUUAUAUUUUAUGGUGUCUUUUAUAGCCACUGAAGUAAAUAUAAAUGUCCUUUUUGUUCAAGGUAAUGGUUCCUUGCUUUUCACUUUUAGUUUAAUGGUUGGCUUCCUGCUGCCCUGGGAUCUAAAACAUCAGCAUGUUGCCAGUGGGUCCAGCACCCAGGACAGUUAACCAGGGAGAGUAGAGAGUCUGGGAGAGUUUGGGGGUGUAGGGCAAUUUAAAAGUAGGAGGGAAGUUAGCUGAUGAUUUUUGAGUGCCUUCCUCAGGGGAGAGACCAUGUUGGGCUCUUUGUAAAUAAGUUACAUCAUUGAAUUGUUCCAUCAGCUCUGGGAGGGGGAGGGUCAUGAGUCUCAUCCUAUAGAGAUGGGAAUCAGGGCUCAGAGAGGGUUAAUAACUUCCCUGAAGGCACACAGCUGCUAAGUGGGGCUCCAUGCUUUGUUUUUUAUUCCCCAGUGCUGUAUGUCGAGAUCACACUUGCUCUUUGGCCUGUCACACGUGCCUGAAUUGAGCCUCAAAAACCCUGAUUUCAGAAGGGUUGGGUUUUCAGUGGAGGUAGGGGAGUCCAGCAUAUUCGCUGGGGCCCAGGGCAGGGCAGAGCUGGACCACUGUGGCCUGCAUGCAGUUCUGACACUGGCCAUCCGGACCUAGUGCAGGUCCACAGGCCAAAGGCAGAGACACGGAAGGCAAGGUCGAGGAAGGUCCUGAACGCAGAGCUUCCACAUCCUCUCCCGUGGCAUCGGGACGCAGUGUGUUCACUGAGCUUCCGUGUUCAGGGAUUUUAUCGGGAUUUCCUCACGUAGACACAAUUGAUUGAGUCAUCGAUCACAUGAUUGAACUCCGUCUCCAGCCUGCCCUUCUCUCCCCUCCUUGGAGAAGGUGGGCUGAUAUCAGCCCCAACCUGGGUCCUCCAGUAAAAACUCAGGUGUGAUCCAAGGGGUCCAGCCUGAAAACAAGGAUACUGCUAUUGCUGAGAAUUUCGGAGGAGUAACAAUUCUCUCCCACAGGCUGGGGACAGAGACCAGACAGAUUCUUUAUUAUAUAAUAAUCACUCUGGUGUCUUCUUGUCCUGUACCCUUGGCCCGAGGUAUGUCUUUAUCGACUGACUGCGGGCCUGUGCCUUCUGGUUGGCCUGCGUGGAACCAUAUCUGGAGCCCAGAACUGUAGGAAGCGAUUCUCUUCGUGUCUGUUCUGUGGGUCAGCGACAGUGUGGCUGAGCUUCUAUGCGGGACCUUGCUCUGAUCCCUUCUCUGGCCUCUGGAACCUGCCUUGAAUUGAUUUGGGUUUGAUGCUUCCCAAUAAAAUCCUGUGACUUCUCUCCCAGCAGUGACAAUGUGUCAUGUUGGGAAGUCACCACCAGCCUUCUUUGAAGACUGUUUUCCCUUUUAACACUUAAAUACUUAUUCAGUUUACGUGUGGGCUGCUUUGAUUUGGGCAACAUGCGUAUUUUUCCCCCUUCCUCU